AGAGGUUGGCUUCUGCUUGCUUGGAAAGAUGCCUCGCCCGCGCAUGCCGUCCCAAGUGGACGGAGCAGCAGCUGCGGAUAAUGCCCAAGCGGAGCAGGAGCUGAGCUUUCUGGCAAAGCAAAUCCCACCUUCCCCCUGUGACGCUUGCCCAAAUCGUUCUGCAUUUGGGGAUAUGACCAAUGCCCACAAGCCGUUACAGAAGCAACAGAAGAAGGAGGUGGCCAAGAAAGCCUCGGGACACAUCCUGAAAAGGCCUCCAAGCAAAGCUUCCUUUGAGGAAAAACAACUAAACUCUGACCACUUUGCUAAGAAGGGUGCGACUAAGGACAAAGAAGAGGAGGUAGACCACUCCCUAACAUCGGUGGUACCAGUCGACAACAAUGACCAGCUGGACGACUUUUAUGCCAACUGUGAAUAUGCCAUGGACAUCUUUAUCUACAUGCGGGAGCGUGAGAAGAGAUUCUUGCUCCAAGACUACAUGAAUUAUCAGCCUGACAUCAACAAAAAAAUGCGGGCCAUCUUGGUGGACUGGAUGGUGAAAGUACAGGCGAACUUUGAGCUCCUUCAUGAGACACUUUACUUGGCAGUCAAGCUGUUGGACCACUUUUUGGCGAAAACAACCCCCAGGCGAAACAAACUGCAGCUCAUUGGCUCCACAGCCAUCUUCAUUGCCUCAAAGUUUGAGGACCGCGACCCACCCCGUGUAGAUGAGAUUCUGUACAUCUGUGACUAUGCAUUCAGCGAGAAGAGAUUCCUCUCCGCUGAAAAGAUAAUGUUGAAGGUGCUCAAGUAUGACAUUAACAUCCCCAUCGCUUACAGCUUCCUCCGGCAAUAUGCCAAGUAUGCACACAUCAACAUGGAGACACUGACGCUGGCUCGCUUCAUCUGUGAGCUCACCCUGCAGGAUUAUGACUUUGCACAGGAAAUCGCCUCUCAGCUGGCUUCCGCCUGCCUCCUUUUGGCGCUCAAGAUGAAGAAGCUUGGGGGCUGGGAUCCCAUACUAGAACAUUGCAGUGGCUACAAAGCUCAAGAGCUUUAUCCUCUGGUGAAGAAACUUAACUUCAUGCUGACCUACAGGCACGAUGAAAAACUCAAAUCUGUGCGCAGCAAGUACUCCCACCGGGUCUUCUUUGAGGUAGCCAAGAUACCCCCCAUGGACAUGCUGAAGCUGGAGGAAGCCUUGCAGAGCUAGCUCUUCCUUGGCAGGACCCAAUGAAGUGCCUUGGAAGAUAUUGUGCUAAGGUGCUGCAAUGCUGCUUGACUGUAGAUAGACAUGUACCAUUAUCCCUAGAGAACCCCUCCUCUCUCUUUGUAACAUAAAUUGUUGUUGUUGUUUAGCAAUAUGAAAAAUAUAUUUUAAAAAUGUGUGGUGGGUAGUGGGGGAAAA